CAGGGGUCCAGCUCGCUCGGCAGGAAGUUAAGCUUCCACAAAAACUCCUCGCCCUGUUGGCUGGCUGCAGUAUAGGUGAAAGAGCAAGCCUUCACUUGGCUUCCCGGAGCAACAUGAAACUGUUACUGCCUAACCCAGGACUAGAUGAUAGGAUACCAUCCUAUGAAGACCUGAAACAAAAAGAAAAGGAAGGUGCCGGGGAGAGGCCCAAGUGGGACAACAAAGCCCAGUAUAUUCUAUCCUGUGUGGGCUUCUGCAUUGGGAUUAGCAAUGUGUGGAGAUUCCCUUACUUGUGCCAAAGUAAUGGAGGAGGUGCGUUUAUGAUCCUCUACUUGAUCCUGCUGGUGCUGGAAGGAAUGCCUCUCUUGCUGAUGGAGUUUGCCAUUGGGCAGCGUCUGAGGAAAGGCAGUGUUGGAGUUUGGAGGGCUAUCAACCCUUAUUUGACUGGUAUUGGUAUAGGCUCUAUGCUGGUGUCAUUACUGAUUGGAUUGUACUACAACACAUUAAUAGCCUGGAUCCUGUGGUAUCUCUUCAAUUCCUUCCAAAGCCCGCUGCCUUGGGCCCAGUGUCCUCUCAAUGACAAUAGGACAGGCUUUGUAUCAGAGUGCCAGAGGAGCUCAACAAUGGAUUACUACUUUUACAGAGUGACUCUGAAUACCUCGCCCUCUAUAGAUGACUCUGGUGGGAUUCAUUGGCCCAUAGUGGUCUGCUUGCUAGCUGCCUGGUCAGUCAUCUGUAUCUGCUACAUCCGUGGGAUCAGUACCUCAGGCAAGGCAGCAUACGUCACGGCCAUCCUGCCGUACAUAGUGCUGUUAAUCUUCCUGAUCCGAGGGCUGACUCUUAAAGGCGCUUUAAGUGGACUACGGCAUCUCUUUACUCCAGAUGUGCAUAUGUUGACCAAACCGACAACUUGGCUGAAUGCAGGCGCCCAAGUGUUUUAUGCCUUUGGUUUAGCAUGGGGAGGCCUCAUCUCCUUCUCAAGCUACAACCCUGUUCACAACAACUGUAUGCAUGAUGCUGUGAUCCUGACAGUAGUAACUGGCUUGACUUCAGUCUAUGCUGCCAUGGUCACCUACACCAUCAUUGGCUUCAGGGCCACAGAGAGAUAUGACAACUGUAUUAGCAAUAACAUCAUGACAUUAUUAGAUGCAUUUGGGCUUCCUGAGGACAGCAUCACUCCAAGCAACUACGAGGCAGCCUUUACUCACCUCAACAGUACCUCUCCUGAUAUUAUAUUUGGAUUGGGCAUUAAACUCUGUGACUUGCAGAAACAUCUCAGUGAGGGAGUGGAGGGAACAGGUUUGGCCUUCAUCGUCUUCACAGAGGCAAUCACCAAGAUGCCCGGAUCCCCUGCCUGGUCUAUCCUAUUUUUUGUGAUGCUUGUCUGCUUGGGAAUGUCUAGCCAGUUUGGGACCUUUGAAGGAGUGGUGGUCCCUCUGAAAGACCUGAAUGUUUUCCCUAAGAAAUGGCCCCAAGAAGCAAUAACAGGAGUAACAUGUUUUGUUGCCUUCAUCAUCUCCCUCCUGUUCGCGCAGAAUUCAGGGUUUUACUGGGUAACUCUCUUUGACAACUAUGCCGGAUCUGUUCCACUUCUCAUCAUUGGAUUUUGUGAGAUGAUAGCUGUCAUUUACAUCUAUGGCUUGGACAGGUUGAAUGAGGACAUAGAGUUCAUGAUCGGAUAUAAGCCCUCCAUCUACUGGCGGAUUUCAUGGAGAUUCAUCACUCCUUUAAUCAUUCUGGCUAUUUUAGUUUUCUACCUGGUCACACUAGGACAAGAUGAGCUCACCUACUUAGUCUGGGAUCCAGAGUCUGAUACUUUCCCAACCCUGGCAUUAGUUCCUUACCCUGCAUGGAUAAAUGUGAUCAUCUUUAUUUUGGCUGGGAUCCCAAGCCUUGCAUUGCCUGCAUAUGCAUUAUAUAGGCUGGUCUUUGAUAAGUAUGUAAAAAAAGAAGACAACUUUCCUUAAGACGUCUUUAAAAUGUCCAUAUUUUGGGUAAAUUACCGUUUGUAUUUUAAUUUUUUAUUGUUUCAAAAGUCCUUAUUUAAAUGCAAAGGUUUUUUUCUUUUUAUAUACCCAUGAACAUAUUUUCAAAGCUUGGUACUAAUUUCUCAUGAAUACUUGUAUUUCUGCUGAUGUUUGUUUUGCACAAAUUGUUGCUUCUUUAUAAAUAAAUUGUACGUAAAGACUACUAAUACGACUAUUGA